GAUUGAAAACUCACCUCACAUUCUCAUACUUGGUGAUUCGCAUGUAUACAUUGCUGCCUGUCAUUAUUAGCAGCUGUAACAGAUUUAUGUUCUAUAUUUAGUUGAAAACGAAAAAGACACACACAAAAAAAAAAUAUAUUCGUUCAUCGAAAAAGAAAUCGAAAGGAAGAACCGAAAAUUUCCACCCUGACAUUUUUAAGUUAUGUGUUGAAAGUGAAGCCAGGAAAAAAACGAUACAAGUGAGCAAUAACAACAACAAUAGAUGAAUAAAAAAAAAUUAAAUUGAAACUAGUUUUCUCCUUCCGGGUGCUUAUUCAAAAACAACGUACAAAAAUCGAAAAAUCGAGACCAUAAUAAACAAAAAAAAAAAACGAAACGAAAACAACGACUCAAGUACUUACUUAUCAAAAAAAAAAUUCAAAUUGACGAGGACCAAUAUCACGUAGUAUAGAACGAACGAAGUAAAAAAAAACCAACCGACGAUAAGCAAAAAGGAGUAACAACAUUUUUUUAAAAGAUUUAAUCAUGUUUUCACUAUUACAAAAAUACGUCGCAUUGCAACGAUUGGCGUCUGGAGUAAAUUCAACACAAAUUAGAUGCAAGACACACUAUCGAACUGGUGCAUUUAAGCCAAUGCCCGCGGUGUCUUCAUUUGGAUUAUUGGGAAUUAUUUGCUCGGUGGUGCCUGGUCUAUUCAUUGGUGCAGCUAUUAGUAAAAAUGUAGCAAAUUUCUUGGAAGAGAAUGACUUAUUUGUACCAUCCGAUGAUGAUGAUGACGAAGAUUAAUCCAGAUAUUGUGCAAACAAAUCCCUUUCGAAUUCAUCCCAAAAUUAUUCGAAA